AUGGCCAUUCGUCCACAGUCGUAUCUUCCACUGCCUUCCGUCUCAACAAAUGAAUCAUCGGGAUUGUCAUGGCAUAAAGGCUGGCCUGUUUUUGCCUUCAAGCGCUCAUUCGUUUUCGGACGCAAGAGAAGAAACUUCGUUCUACUCGUCCUCUUUGGUUCUAUCAUCCUUUUCUUUUUCACGCUGAAAAACACCUUCGACUUCGAACGUAUAAAAAACAAUUUGCCGUUCACUGCGUAUCCUCCGACACUUGUCUAUCGAAGAGAAGACCUCCAGAGAAUAUGGGCAUAUGAGAUAACGAGCGGCCACUAUCCGAGCACCAGGUCUGUACCACAGCAGAUCGGAUUGAAGGAAGUUCUCAAUCCAGGGCUCCCUCCACGCCAAACUGACAGCGAAGCUCGUGGUCAAGUGAUACAGGGCACAGGCUUUCUACGUGUAUACCCAGAGAUACAACAUGGGAAUCUUUCGAUAGCCUUUCCUCCUCGACCGGCUCCGGGAAGCAUUGCGGACAUGGAUGUUGUCAUGCGCCAUUGCGAUUUCUCAAACCAAAAGUUGGUCCGUGACUGUAUAGAAGUACUUCGCGUAGGGGCAGGCUUAGACAACGGGAAUAGACUCCGAAGAGAAAAUCUGGACGACUGGAAGUACAUCUACCUUGAACUCAGUCAAGACUCCUCGAACCAUACUCAUACCCGCUCCCCGGCCAUGGCGCAAUUUGAUUCCUCUCCUGACAUUCUGCCCAAGGCGGGUAGCGAGUUGGAGUUUUCACCCAUUAACCUACCACCGCCUUCAUCUCCUCAUUCGCACUCCGAUCCGUCGACGGCCUGUGAUCCAGAUUACCCUCGGAUAUUCCAUAUAUACUGGACGGGACCGUUCACAGAUAAACCUUAUAUGGCAAUCCUGUCAUUCCUGUACACACAGAAUACGGGUCUGCAUUCAAAUGAGCCGCCAAAGGCAUGUAGGCCCGUUUUUUGGGUGUGGAUCAAUCCAGUCUCUGCGGCUUCUAUUCCUGACCCAAAUGCUACCAGUAAAAUGUUUGAGGAGCUUCAAUCAAAUCCUUGGGCUUCGCCUUUCCUUCAUGAGAGAUUCAAAGACGUUUUACAGUUCAAACUCUGGAAUACCACAGAGCAACUAGACGCUAUACCGGAACUGCGCAAUGACUGGAGAAAAAUGCCUACUCUCUUCAACUCUGGGGGGCACAUUGUCAAUGUUCCCCCGGAAGACUAUAACGGUGGCAAAAAUACGGGCAAUAAGUCUGACGAUAUGUUCCAUCGCGAUGGCUCAAAGUCUGCAUCCUCAUAUGAUCGUCUGUCCGUCAUUCUUUCUGAUAUGGUACGCUUUGUACUGUGUCAUCGUUUUGGCGGUAUAUACCUCGACGCCGAUACAAUACUCCUUCGUGACUGGGAAGAAGUUUGGGGUUGGAGAGGUGCCUUUGCCUAUAGAUGGUCCCGGUUAACGAGGUAUAACACAGCUGUAUUACACAUGAACAAAGGCUCUGCCCUGGGCACAUUUCUUUUUCGCACCGCGCUAAAGAAUAAUCUAGAUUUCCACCCGAUGACAGUUUCUCGAUAUGUGAAUGACGCGUAUUUAGAUGGGCUUCUUCUUCAACUCCCAGAUGCAUUAUUUGAUUCAGCGUGGCUGAACACAGAGAACUAUCAACGAGACCGACCUCCACAACCUUUUUUCAAGGCGUUUGAAGAUUUUUUCGAUACCCCUGCUGUGAGCAGUGCCGCCCCGCUAGCCCUGGGAUUCGAUGGCUUUUUCAAGGGGGCCUUCUCGUAUCAUUAUCAUAAUUUCUGGUGGAAGCCGUUCGAUCCUUCAAGAAAUUGGCCCGAUUUGGGAAGACGAUUCUCUGCAGGAGAGGAAGCAGCUCAUGAAGACAUAUUUACUAACGAUCUUGGCUGGUCUGCAGUCUUGAAGCGGACAUUCGAAUCUUAUAUACGUGGGGAGCGAUGUAAUUUAUAUGGCGAAUGGCUGCUGUACUGA